AUGAUUGCACAAGCCUGGCAGAAGCAUGAAGCUGAUCGUUUGAAAACCUCCUGGGGCCCAGCCAAGAUCCGUGAGACUUUGGUUGCUGACUAUGAGAAUGAUUUCUGUAAUGCAUUGACGGAAGAGACCUUCAUCCAACCCAUGGUCUUUGAUUUUGAGUCCUUUGCGGUUUCUGACGCCAAUGCAGUUGAAAAGAAUUCCAAAACUUCAAAGAAUGCCAAAGUUUCUGAGUAUAAGCAGUUUUCCAAGAAUGCCAAAGUCCCAUCGAAUGUCAAGGUUUCUGCGAAUGACCUGGCCACAAAGAAUGUCAACCGUUCUGAGCCCUGUGCAGGCUCGUCGAAGGUCAAGCCGUUUGUCACAGAGGUCUACACGAGUGCUGAGAACGUCAUGAAAGAGGCCAGAAAACGUGGACACAAUGUGGGGCAAUCUAUGUCCUUGGAAACUGGUUGGAACUUCUUGGAUGCCAAUGACAGGUUCAAAGCCUACAACAAGAUCAGAGAUGAAAAGCCUUUUUGCGUGGUUUUAGCAUUUCCUUGCAAUGGUUUCAGCCCUCUUCAACGUUUGAAUGGACUUCAUCCCGAAAGAAAAGCAGAAAGAAGGGCGAUAGGUCGUGAACUCAUGAAGUUUGCUUUGGAAAUAGCUGAGCUGCAAAUCAGAGAAGGUCGUCAUGUCAUCUUAGAAAACCCUCGAGGCAGUGAAGCUUGGAAUGAACCUGAGAUGUUGCGUUUUCUUGAGGAGAAUGAGCUCUACGCCGCUAUCUUUGACCAAUGCCGUUUUGGCCUCAAAAGCCUUUCUGGUUGGUUGCACAAGAAGCCAACGAGAGUGGUGAGCUCAAGUUCAGAUGUUGCUGCGGAACUGGAUGGAGUGACUUGCAUGCGCAACCACCUUCAUGCGCCAGUUCUGGGCGGCUCUCAUGUGACAGCCCGUGCGGGCAUCUACCCGAAGCCUUUGGCACGCGCCAUGGUUAGGGGCCUUGAGAAGCAGUUUGAACGAGAGUUUGCUCCUCGUGAAGCUCUUGCUGCCGAAAUUGGAGAGGAUGUUGAGGAGGAGGAAUUGGCUUUUGAAGGCGGUGGAUUGGUGAUGCCUCAAGAUGAUGGCAGCGAUGUGGAGGACGAAGUGGAUUCAAAAGGAACUGCAAUUCAUGUUUCUUCUGGCAUGCGCGCAACAAUCCUUCGACUUCACCAGAACACUGGCCACAGAUCGGGCAAAAGGUUAGCCCGAGCCCUAGCCACAGCGGGUGCACCUGCAGAAGCAAUUCAGGCGGCGAAACAACUUCAAUGCUCAGUUUGCCAAGAGCGACAACCACCUCGUGCACGUCGUCCUGCUUCUCUUCCUGUGCCUCGCGACAUGGGUGACCAGAUCCAUGUGGACUUGCUGGAAGUUUUUGACGCCAGCGAGAAGAAGUACGUAGUGGCCCACGCAACUGAUGCCGCUACACGAUUUCAAAUGGCUGAGAUUUUGCCAGACAAAUCAACCAAGUCUGUGGUGCGCUUCCUCUCUACCAGAUGGAUUGCAACAUUUGGCCCUCCGAGAGUGAUGGUCGUGGACCAAGGCAGAGAAUUUGUGUCUUGGGAAAUGGAGGAAUAUGCUGGAAGCCAAUCCAUUCUUUUGCACCACAUUGCCGUUCAGGCGCCCUGGCAAAAUGGAAUAGCAGAGAGAAGCGGUGGAGUGUUAAAAGCACUUUUAGCAGCCAUCGUUACUUCUCAAAGCGUCCUUGGACUUGAGGACAUGCAGGUAGCUCUUGCCGAGGCGACAUCAGCUUACAAUGGCGACAUCAAUGAAUUGGGUGCCUCUCCUUUUCAGGCCGCCAUUGGACGUCAGCCUAGAAUGGUUGGAGACGUGCUGGGUGGCAUACAGACAAGGCUUGCAGAGCAUGGACUCAUUGACUCCAAGCCUUCGCUGGCUAGACAGUUGGCCAUGCGAGAAGUUGCCAAAAUCGGGAUGACCCGCCUUCACUUCAGCCGAAGUUUGCGGAAGGCAGAACUAGCACGAUCCCGAAACCCAACCAUUGAGCAGCUUCCAGAGCCUGGCACAAUCUGCUACUUCUACAGGCCUUUGAAGUACAACAACAAGACAGCGCCGUCCAAGAAGAAGCUCACUCUGAAACGUUGGCACGGCCCUGCACUUCUCCUGGCCAUUGAAGGCAGAAGCUCUGGAUACUUGAGCUACAAGGGGCAAUUGACCAAAUGCGCCCUGGAGCACAUUCGUGCAGCCAGCACGAUGGAACAGAUAGCUGCAGAUUCAUGGCGUGAGGCCAUCGAAGAAGCUGUUGAGGCUGCCACCUUGGACUUGUCGGCCCGUGGACUUCCUUUGGCCGAUGGUGGCGAUGGAACUGCUGUUCAACAACCAGCUGCUGUGAUGCCAAUGCCUGGCACUCCUGCCUUCUUGCCCUCAUCUUCAGCAGCUGCAGUUCCAGAACAAGCAAUGCCGAUUGGCGAUGACUUGCCUCCGGUAGCGCCUCAAGAACUUGCUGGUGCCUUGAUGCCUGCCUCUGCACCAGUAUCGACUCUGCCUUCCAGAAGACUGAGUGAGGCGACGUUUGAACGAGCCACCACAGAUGGACUUUCGAGUGGACUCGGCGAUGGACUUCGAAAACGAGCCUCAAGCUUUGCAAGUCAGUUGCAGGGCGUCAUGGAACAGGCACAACGUCAACGUUUGGCAGAGCCUGCAGGGACCAAACGAGCUGCAGACACAUCACUGGAAAGAUUGAAGGCUGAAUCCUCUGAGCCUCCUGAUCCUCAACCUGAUGGACCUCCAGUGAUCACAGCAACUUCAUCUACUGAGCCUGUUGCAGAAGCAUUGCAGACCACGAGAGAAGAUGUUUUGUCCAGUUUGGGCGAUCCUUCACUACAUCCACUGCAACACAUCUACAAUGCUGCCUGUGAAGACAGACUCAACCCUACUGAAGUGCGUGUGAAAGAUCAUGGUUCUUGGGAUGGCAGAUGGCCUUUACCCUCAAGAACGGAAUGGCAUGCUCACCAACGGCUUGGACUUCCUUGGCCUUGUGGGCAUGAUGAUCUGGUUGAAAAUGACGUGAUGGCAGUUCAAGCCAAUCGCAAAGAAUUUCACUGGCGCUCCAUGAAUGAUGCUGAGAAGGCUGAGUUCAAGAUUGCGGCCGAACAAGCCUGGAGUGUUUGGAAGGAGAAUGAUGCGGUUGAAGAACUAUCUCCUGAAGAAUCUCAACGAGUGCGUGAGAGACUGAAGAGAGAAGGCCAACAGGGGAAGAUUCUCACCCCCAGAUACGUGUUUACCGACAAACACGAAGGCCUUCGCACUGAGCAGAACAAGUUGCCUCUCCGUGCACGAGCGCGCAUUGUUGUUCCUGGUUUCAAGGACAUCUUUUCAUUUGGACUUCGAAAGGAUGCUCCUACAUGUUCAAGACUGGCCCAACAUUUCCUUUUGACCUUGACGGCAUGUUUCAAUGUAAUGGCUGUUGGAGCUGACCUUGCCUGGACUUUGCUUUCACCCGACAUCAAGUCAGCCUUCAUGAAAGGAGAUGCCUACAUGGAUGGGACCAGAGAGCUGUUCAUGGAAAACAUCCGAAGAACCUCUGAUGAACCUCGCUUGCCUUUUCCUGGACUUGCCAGGAUACGCAAAGGAGUGUUUGGUUUGAGUGAUGCGCCGAGACGUUGGAUGGCGUCCUCAUCUCACAUGUGGAUGAUUUGCUUUUUGGGCGGAAACCGCCGUGCUGUCGCCAAACUUCAAGAGCUUGGACGAGAAUUGGGGUUUGGAAGCACCUCUGAGAAGGACAUCACCUAUUGUGGCAAACGUAUCCGCCAAUGGGAUGACGGCCACAUCACCAUCACCAUGGAAGAGUACCACAGUAACCUGAAGACAGUGAACAUUCCUGUGCCUCGCCGAGCCAACCCAGACUCAGACUUGACGGAGAUGGAACGACGUCAACUUCGCGCAAUCCUUGGUUCACUACAAUGGCUGGUUGCUCAACUGCGAUUUGAUUUGGGUUUUCAGCUCAGCACCUUGCAAGGUGAACCGCCGAAGAUCAGCACCCUGAUGAAGGCGAAUCUGCUUGUCAAGCGCUUCAAGCAGGACCCUGACUUUGCCCUGACCUUCAAGCCGAUGGAUUUGAAGGGAGCGGGAAUCAUGGUGGUAACAGAUGCCAGUUUGGGGAAUGUCACCAAAGCUGGCGGAGCUGAAGGAACUGUGUUGGAAAAGGUGUUUAGCCAAAGCGCCUACUACGUCCUCCUAGCCGACAAGGACCUUUUGGCUGGACGAGAAGGAAGCUUCUCAGUGUUGGACGCAAGAAGCCACAGACUUCCUAGAGUAUGCCGCUCUACAUACGCAGUAGAGCUGCUGGGAACGGAAGAAGCAUUUGAUGUUGGAUGUUUCUGCCGUGGCUGGUGGGCGAUGUUGCAAGGCCUUCCAAUUGAAUACAAACGUGCUGAAGAAGUUAUGGACUGCAUUCCGUUGGCAGUCGUCACCGAUGCACGUGAUGUCUUCGACAAAGGGUCUUCAGACACACCUUCCUACGGAUCUCAAAAAUCCCUGGCGUUCACAGUGGCCUGGAUUCGUGGAGUCCUUAGCAAACCCAACACCAUGCUCAAGUGGACAUCAACGGAGAACCUCUUCGUGGAUUGCGGGACGAAAGACAUGAGCACUGAGCAUGUGCAUAAGAUUCUUAGCAGCUGCCGAUGGAGCGUAACCUUCAACCAAGAGUUUGUCAAGCAGAAGCAGAAGACGAAGCCGAAGAAGCUCGCUGCCGGAAGCUGUGAGAGUCUGCUGGUAGGUAGUGCUUUGGGUGAAAACUCACCUAUUUACCCAUACCUAGCUCAGCUUAGUGCAAGCCCUGGAUGGCACCAACGUGAAGGUGUCCUAAUCAAUGUGGCACGCCAUGCAAAGUCUUUCAGAACUCCAGGAGCCCGUGUGGAUCCAAAGAAAUUUCCUUUGAGAACCACGUAUGCCAGAAUUGACCAUCCAGACGGGAAGUCAGACUGGAGAAUUUUGGAAGAAGGUACAGAAUAUGGCAUUUUGCCAAAUCCCCAUGCACUUUUAGGCACUUUAGCUGGCAUCCUGGUGACGGUGUAUCGUUCACAAGCUACCAAGAAAGAAAUAUCAACUGAGGAAUCCAAAUCAUAG